CGCCGGCCGAUCUGGGUUAGAGGCGCGCACGCGGCCCCACAGUGCACCGCACCGGCCCAGACAUGAGACACCGCCUCUACGCCGCCCUGCUUCUGAUCGCGCUCGUCUCGGGACAGCGGACCACCAGCCGGCGACGACCCGUCGGCCGGGACCCUGCCGGUCAGGCGUCUCCAAGCCGGGGGUCGUCCCUGAGGCAGGGGGCGUCCCCGCCGGCAGCGCCAGGCCGGACCACGGCGGGCGCCACCGCGGCCGGCCGCGCGCCCGGCCGCCGGGGCUCAUCCAGUCGCGUGGUGCCGGCCAGAACCACGCCCGCCCCUCAGGCGCCCACCUUCGACACAGAAUGCCCCCAGAAGGACGGCUUCUUCGCCGACGCGUUCCAGUGUGACCGGUACUACGAGUGUCAGGACUUCGUCAUCACGGAGCGGAUGUGUCCGGACGGCCUCGUCUUCAACGACUACAGCGUCUCGUUCGGUCGCUGCGACCAGCCCUUCGGUGUGAACUGCACGGGCCGGGAGGAGCUGCAAGACCCAAAGCCCACCGGUGACUGCCCGCGGCAGAACGGCUACUUCGCCGACCCGAAGCCAACGCGCUGCGGCAGCUUCGUCCACUGCGUGGACGGCACGAGCAACCGGGUCACGUGCCCGGCCGGUCUGGUGUUCUCACUGCAGACGGGCACCUGCCAGUGGCCCGAUCAAGCCGGCAGGACCGGCUGCUCCUCGGAAGAGGUGCUGGAGUUCAAGUGUCCGGGAACUGUGGACGGAAAACUGGCCAAUCCAGCGCCUGGUUUUCCCCCUCCACCCGCGCUAUACGCCGACCCCACGGACUGCCAGUUCUUC